ACAAUGCUGAUAAUCACACCACCUAAUAUCUAUAAUACAGUGUUUCGUGAGGUUGAUAAUGAACUUCGUAAUUGUGUAACUCUUGCAAUAACUGAAAAAAUUUGGGAGCAAAUGAAUCAUAGUCUUUUAUAUAAUGCAACACAAAUUAAUCAUAAAAAAGAUAUUAAUACUGAGUUCUCAUGUGAAACUACUUGUAUUGACGAAGUUUUUGACCUACCUCAAGCUUCAGCAAAUACUAUUCUUAAUGAACUUUAUGAUCAAUUAACUUCAAUAUGGGAAACUAGUAGAACUGAUACAACUGGCUCUGCAACUCAACUCCCAAUAAAAUGGAUCUCUACUAGAAAUGAUGAAGCAAUUGAAUUAUCAAGACAAGAACAAGCUAAACAAAGAUUUGCAAAAGCAUUUGGUUUCACAAAAACAAUGAUCAAUAAAGUAAUUGAAUUGGACUUAGAUAAGAAACUAAUUACAAUGCUCGAAGAUUUUCAUGAAAAGGAAAUUAGGCCAAAAAAUCUAGAGCUUAAUAGCAUGACUAAUAAGUCUAACAAAACGAACAUUACUAAUUUGAAUGAAAAAAACUAUCAGGGAUCUGAAAAUGAAACAUCCAACUCUUCAGAUAGAUUUGAUGAGAUUCAAAAGAGGAAGGCUCCAGUUGUUGCUGAAAACCCUACACUAAAACGAUAUAAAGGACGUCUGCCAAAAGCUCAUAGAAUUCUUAGUAGUAUAGAAAAUAUUAAAAGUAAUCAGCAAAACAUGAAACAAAGAAGUAUUAAAUGUACAUAUUAUCAUGAAAUAGGUCAUAACAUCAGAUGCUAUAAAGCAAAAUUAACUAAUGAAGCUAAUUAA